AUGGUGAAUUUCACAGUAGACGAAAUCCGUGGGAUGAUGGACAAGAAGCGGAAUAUCCGCAACAUGUCCGUAAUAGCCCACGUAGACCACGGCAAAUCUACUUUGACAGACUCAUUGGUAUCAAAAGCCGGUAUUAUCGCUGGUGCCAGGGCCGGUGAGACCAGGUUCACAGACACAAGGAAAGACGAACAGGACAGAUGUAUUACCAUCAAAUCCACCGCGAUAUCUAUGUUCUUCGAGUUAGAAGAGAAAGAUUUGGUAUUCAUUACAAACCCAGACCAACGUGAAAAGAAUGAGAAGGGUUUCUUGAUCAACUUGAUUGACUCUCCUGGGCACGUUGACUUCUCUUCGGAGGUGACAGCUGCUCUCCGUGUCACUGACGGUGCCUUGGUUGUAGUAGACUGUGUUUCUGGUGUGUGUGUACAAACUGAAACUGUGCUGCGUCAAGCCAUUGCUGAACGUAUUAAGCCAAUCCUGUUCAUGAACAAGAUGGACCGUGCCUUGCUUGAGCUGCAAUUGGAAGCAGAAGAGCUGUACCAAACUUUCCAGCGUAUUGUGGAGAACGUUAACGUUAUUAUCGCCACUUACAACGAUGAUGGCGGCCCUAUGGGUGAGGUCCGUGUAGACCCUAGCAAGGGUUCAGUCGGUUUCGGCUCCGGGCUCCACGGAUGGGCCUUCACCCUCAAACAAUUCUCCGAAAUGUACGCCGACAAAUUCAAGAUCGACCUCGUCAAGCUCAUGAACAGAUUGUGGGGAGAGAACUUCUUCAACCCCACAACCAAGAAAUGGGCUAAGCAAAAGGACAAUGAGAACAAGCGCUCCUUCUGUAUGUACGUGCUGGACCCCAUCUACAAGGUGUUCUCUGCCAUCAUGAACUUCCGUAAAGAGGAGAUUGACAGUCUUCUAGUUAAGAUUGGAGUCACCAUCAAGCACGAAGACGCAGACAAGGAUGGCAAAGCCCUAUUAAAGGUUGUUAUGCGUAGUUGGUUGCCAGCUGGAGAGGCCCUACUUCAGAUGAUUGCCAUCCACUUGCCCUCGCCAGUGGUAGCCCAGAAGUACCGUAUGGAGAUGUUGUACGAAGGACCCCACGAUGACGAAGCAGCUAUUGGUAUCAAGAGCUGCGACCCUGAAGCACCCCUCAUGAUGUACGUGAGCAAAAUGGUGCCUACAUCCGACAAGGGACGUUUCUACGCCUUCGGUCGUGUCUUCUCCGGCAAAGUCAUUACGGGACAGAAGGCCCGUAUCAUGGGACCCAACUUCCAACCCGGCAAGAAAGAAGAUCUGUAUGAAAAGACAAUCCAGCGUACCAUCCUCAUGAUGGGACGUUAUGUGGAGGCCAUUGAGGAUGUGCCCUCUGGUAACAUCUGUGGUCUUGUUGGUGUUGACCAGUUCCUUGUCAAGACUGGUACCAUCACCACCUUCAAGAAUGCUCACAACAUGAAGGUCAUGAAAUUCAGUGUAUCGCCCGUCGUGCGUGUAGCCGUCGAGCCCAAGAACCCGGCCGAUCUGCCCAAGUUGGUGGAAGGUCUGAAGCGUCUAGCCAAGUCCGACCCUAUGGUGCAGUGCAUCAACGAGGAGUCUGGGGAGCACAUCGUCGCUGGUGCCGGAGAGUUGCAUCUUGAGAUCUGUCUUAAGGACUUAGAAGAAGACCACGCAUGCAUUCCAAUCAAGAAAUCCGACCCCGUGGUGUCGUACCGUGAGACAGUCGGCGAAGAGUCAAACCAGAUGUGUCUGUCCAAGUCCCCCAACAAGCACAACAGGCUCUUCAUGAAGGCCUGUCCCAUGCCCGACGGUCUGCCGGAGGAUAUUGACGACGGCAAAGUGAACCCACGUGACGACUUCAAGACCCGUGCGCGUUACCUCACUGAGAAGUACGAGUACGACGUGACAGAAGCCCGUAAGAUCUGGUGCUUCGGUCCCGAGGGUACCGGUCCCAACAUUCUAGUGGACUGCACCAAGGGAGUGCAGUACCUUAACGAAAUCAAGGACUCUGUGGUAGCUGGAUUCCAAUGGGCCGCCAAGGAGGGAGUCAUGGCCGAGGAGAACUUGCGUGGAGUACGUUUCAACAUCUACGACGUCACCUUGCACACGGACGCCAUCCACAGAGGGGGUGGUCAAAUCAUUCCAACCACAAGGAGGUGUCUGUACGCGUGUCUACUGACGGCCUCUCCACGUCUCAUGGAGCCAGUGUAUCUGUGUGAAAUUCAGUGUCCCGAGGUAGCCGUGGGCGGUAUCUACGGAGUGCUUAACCGUCGUCGUGGUCACGUAUUCGAAGAGUCGCAGGUGGCCGGGACACCCAUGUUCGUAGUGAAGGCCUACUUGCCUGUAAACGAGUCGUUCGGCUUCACCGCCGACCUCCGCUCCAACACCGGUGGACAGGCCUUCCCUCAGUGUGUCUUCGACCACUGGCAGGUCCUGCCCGGAGACCCGUGCGAGGCUGGCUCCAAGCCUUUCGUCGUUGUUCAGGAAACGAGAAAACGGAAAGGACUCAAGGAAGGUCUGCCCGACCUCGCGCAAUACCUGGACAAAUUGUAA